CCCGGCGCCCUGAAUGCCUCCUGGAACUUGCUGUUAUGCCUGUCGCCUUUCUUGUCCGGGUGGCCUUGCUCCUCGCUGGAGCUGGGGCUCUUCAUAUCUGUCAUCACAAUGACUUUCACGCUCGGUACACACAGAUAAACAAGUACAACUCUCACUGCCAUGCUCAAGAUGCGGAGGAUGGCAAUUGUUUUUCCUCACUGGCCAGGCUCCAGUCCGCCAUGAAGAUGGCAGACUGCGAUGUACGGGUCUUCGCCGGUGAUUUCGUGCAGGGCUCCAUUUACGACUCCGUCUUCGGCACUGGCCUCGCCAUAGCAGCCUACAACGCGGUCGGCUACGACAUUGUUACAUUUGGAAACCACGAAUUUGACAAUGGCGCGCAACCAGUCUACGACACAAUUCUGGGGACUCCCAACAUAACAUGGCUUUCUUCCAACGUCUUCUUCGACUCCGCGCCUCCAGGUUUGUCUAUCAAGCGAGUUCACGAGGCUGCCGACAUCUGUUGGAUAUCCGCCCUUACGCAAUCCACAGUAGACAUUUCGAGCCCCGGCCCAAGCGUAUUUAUCCAUGACCCGGUCUCUGCCAUGUACGAUGCGCUUGCGUCUUGCUCGCAGACUGAUAACGUCGUUGCCGUCACCCAUGUGGGCUAUGAACAAGAUGUAGAGUUGUGCCACGCAGUGCCUGAGCUCGACCUUAUCAUCGGCGGUCAUUCUCAUACAGACUUAUCUGAAGGACCGUACCCGUCCCCAGUCCGGCGUGAGGAUGGGUCUAUUUGCUGGGUGGUCACGGCUUCAGCCUAUGGAAGGUAUCUCGGCGUGCUCAACGCUUCUUUUAAGGAUGGAAAGCUCAAGGUUGAAGCAGAUACUUAUCUGCCACUUGACAACCGCGUUCCACUCGAUGCCGAAGUCAAUGCUAUGAUUGGAGGCUACACAGAGCGACUAGCGGCUUCAGUGAAGCAAGUCAUCGGCUACUCUAAUUCACCGAUUGAUGGUUCGCGCUCAUCAUGCCGUUCACGAGAAUGCGCCAUGGGGAAUCUGGUGUGUGAUGCGAUGCUGGCGUACGCAGGUCCUAAGCAGGGCGCUGACAUAUGCAUUCAAAACGGGGGCGGUUUACGCGCCUCCAUUGACAAGGGCGAUGUGACAAUCGAAGAAGUCUUUGAGGUUUUGCCGUUUGGAUUGGUGCAUACUGUGUUCAAGGUGCCCGGGGCGGGUCUCGUUCAGGCGCUGGAAAUUGGUUUUUGCGCUAUGGACAACACGGACGCUUCAGGGCGAUUUCCGCAGGUUGGUGGAAUGGCUGUGACAGUUGAUUAUUCGAAGCCCUCUGGGAAACGAGUAGUGAGUGUUGUUAUCGGCGACGAAGCCGUUGACAAUGAACGGAUUUAUACGGUUGUCACAAACUCGUUCUUGGCAGGUGGGGGAGACAACUACAAGUGGGACGGUGCGACCGAUUUUGAAAUUGAUGGCAUUGGGCUUGACAAACUAACAGGAGAUUAUAUUCGAGCUCAUAACCCGUACAGUCCAGCAACAGAAGGAAGAAUACGAAACAUUGCUAACAUUGCUGUGGCAAAGCAGCAGCCAUUGAAACCCGACAUAGAAAAUGUCUUUAACCACAAUGUAGAGUACUUGUAAAGAAACUAUCCGCUGUACAGACUUAAAAAA